AUGAGCGACCAGGUCCAAUCCGAUUGGCAGAAGGAGAUCGAUCGAACGUACCACACCAAACACGACAAUGGCUUCGAGCCGUACAGCGCGUUCACUAUGAACCCAAACGAAUACGGAGAUUUUUCAGAACUGCGAUGGUGGGAGCUUGGUCUAUACGGACCCGCACUGCUUGUGCCCAAAGAAUACGCAGCCGACUUCCAUCUGGACCCAUCAAUCCACCUCUUCUACACGCCUGGUCAAAAGGGCGUUCCUUCGGACAUCAAGUACGAAGGCUUUCCGGUCAAUAUUCAGAUGAACCACCAGCUCCACUGCGUCAACUUCCUAAGGCAGGGCUUGUACUUCAACCAUCAAUACUACCGGGACAGUCACCACAUGACCUGGAAUACCACGAACGAGAAGGCAUUACAAAUCCAUCUUAACCACUGCGUGGACUCCCUUCGACAGAACUGGGCUGACCUCUGA